AUGUCGUUCAACAAGUUUGACAUACACGGUGUUUGGGAUUUGUCUGGCCUCGGUUUCCGCGGUGCUACAUCUGAAGUAUCGGAUGUUCAAAAAAUGGGCGAGCACAAGUGGUUAGUUUUUUUUUGAAUGUGACAUCUGAAUUUCAAUGUUUGUAAUUUCAGGAGACUGUGUGUCAAUCAAGAAUCAAACAACGUGUUUGAGUUCAAAAUUGUUCAAGAUACACCAGAAGUUCCAAACAGAACAUGGAUUUUCUACUUCGAAAUCAAGUUGGCAGUUCAAACAACAAGAGAACAAGUUUUCCGUUAUAAGCGAAACUUGGUUAUCGAUCCGAGAAAAUGUGAAGGUCCGAUUAUGUUUUGGAAUUGUGAGAGAGGAUACAUCGAGAGUGUUACCUAUGAUAUGACGUGCUCUUUGUAUGAGUUCAAAGAUCCAGCGCAUUGUGAGGAGACUGGAUUGCAUCUUUUUAAAGUUGGCGAUUUGGAAUUUAUGGUUUCAAAACAAGUGAGUAGAAAAAAAUAUUUUUUUGUUUCUAUAAUCAAAAUUAAUUUUUUGUAGACAGCCAUCAAGAAGGUCUCCGAGUUCAAAAAGAAGUUCAAAAACGCGGACCACUUGGAAAUGGAAGCCGAUCCAUAUGAUGGGUUAUAUUUCAUGACAAUGGUCUGUGGUCCAGCAAAUUUUGCUGAAAAAUUGCUCAACGAUAAAAAUAUUGACAAACUUAUCGAUCUUUCCGUUGAUUUGGGAGCUAAAAGUGUCGCCAAACUCUGCGAAAAAUACAUGAUUGAUAAUGGGGAGGAUUGGUUUUUCACUCGAAAGCUUUAUAUGGCUGAUAAACUUGGAUCGCUUCGAUUUUUGGUAAGAUUUCAAUCAGAUUUCGGUGUGAACAGUAAUUUUCUUUAGAAUCGUGCAAUUAGCAGUGUCGACUACCUCUCCUCCUCCUAUCUCGCUUCGAUUUUGCGAGAUCCAAAAGCCGGAAGUUUGAAACAUAGAACUCAAGUCGAAAUGGGGAAAAAGAUUUACGCGUUGGUACAACAAGAAAGAUCUUCUCGUUGA